UACAGUGUUUGUGUCACACGUGCAUCACUGUCCCAGCAUCUCUCCUCCCUCUCACAGCAUGGAGGAUCUUUCUCUCUACACCACCGCUUAUCACGUCCCAUUCGCAGCAUCACGGCGUUUGAGGGUGGGGGGCGGAGCUGUGGUGUUCAUGAACUCAUCUGCGCUAGAAGAGUAUCUCCUGAACUGCUAGGUGUCCUGUCCUCCAUUGCUGUCUUCAUGGUCGUGAUCGCUCUGUUUUUUCUUUACCUCAGCAGCAAGUUUUCAGUGGAGAGCCCAAGCAGUGAGCUGCCACAUUUUGAAGGUUUUAACAAAGGUUUGCAAGAUGGGGGUUGUCCAGAAAAAGGAUCAUCUGAGAGCAAGGACGAAACACCAAAAAGACACAAGGACUCAUCCUCUCAUGAUCAGAGAAGUGGGUGGAGAGACAGGGAUGCUGCGAAUGAGGAUUGCAGCAGUGAGGCCUCUGCUGAUCAGGUUAAAAGGAAAAAAGGUUCAAGUUCCCUGAAUGAACUUCAGCCUCCACCGUACCGGGACAAAGAUGAUCUCAAGGGUGGCUCAAGGGGCCGCAGUGACUCAGCAGAGGGCAGUGGAAGUGAAAUCAGUGAGGGCAGUGAAGACCCUGAGGACACAGUGAGUUACCUGAAUAAGGGCUAUGAGGAGGACACACCUAGUGACAGCACAGCUGUUUUGGGCCCGGAGGAUAGCUUACUUCCACCCCUUCCAGAAACAUAUGAACCAGAGGCACUGGGGAAAUAUGGCACACUGGAUGUGGCAUUUGAAUAUGACCCUAGCGAGCAACGGCUUGCGGUGACAGUGACCGCUGCCACAGAUAUUCCAACCCUUAAGAGCACAGGGAACAUUUCCUGGCAGGUCCACCUGGUUCUACUGCCCACCAAAAAGCAGAGGGCCAAGACAGGAGUGCAGAAGGGACCCUGUCCCAUCUUCACAGAGACAUUUCGCUUCUCAUGUGUGGAGAAGGAGGCCUUGGGGGACUAUGCAGUCCGGUUCCGUCUCUACAGUGUGAGGCGCAUGAAGAAGGAGAAGGUCCUAGGGGAGAAGGUGUUCUACUUAACCAAACUCAAUCUGCAGGGCAAGCUUGUUCUGCCUGUUACACUAGAGCCUGGCACUUCUGUUCCUGGCUGUGGAUCAGUGGUGAGUGUCUCUCGUAGUGCGGGAGCUCUGUCAUAUCGCUCCACUGGUGAAUCCUCCGCUCCAGAGCUUCUGCUGGGUCUCCUCUACAACUCCACCACAGGAAGAUUGUCCGCCGAGGUUAUCAAAGGCAGCCAUUAUAAAAACUCUGCCACCGAUAAACUGCCCAUUGGUCUGUUUUGUUGUGUAAAACACUUCAUUAGUGGGCAACUAUAUAUCAUGAGAGGUAAGUUUACUGCCAUGUCGAAAGUACAAAACCACCCAUUCCACUGCAUCUGCAUUUUAUUGAUGUUGUUUGUUCAGUCAAGUCUCUUUGCACUGUAUUGAGAUGUACAGAGAUAUGCGGGUAGAAUCCUAUAGAAUACAUUUAAACAGUUUUGACAAUAGUCAGUCAAUAGUAAAUGAACACCAUGUCUUGCUGGAAGAGUAAUACCAUUAGUAGCCCUUCAAAGACAUGUCAAUAAACCCAAAGUCAGCAAACCAAGGGGUUAAGGUUUGGCUAGUUAUUAUGGUCCUACUAGCCACUGCUGGACAAUAUUUACCUGUGGCUCUAGCUCUAGAAUCAUGUCACAUGGCUUUUAUGGGUAAUUUGAUUGGCUCAGCACAAUUUGGCUGCAGAACACAGUGCCCAUGAGCUGCAAGGAGCAAAGAUGGCAGAUUUUUAAUCACAUUCUUCAGGGUCCCAAGAAACUGCCAUCAAGAAGAAUGAGAAUGCUAACAGUUAGAAUUACCCAGAGCAUGCAGAACAUUCAGUAAUAACUAUUAGUUGGUAGAGACAUAAGGGACAUUUAUGAGUGGUUAACAAUAACUAACUCACCAGUGGUGAAUCCCAGUUUGCAUACUGCAAUGGUGAUGUCAAAGAAAGUUUAACUUUUUUACUU